CUUUGCACAUACCCGAAAACAGGGUUACACUGGACGUACAACAUCGUUCAAAUGUUGAUAUCAGGAUCAACUACAUAUGAGGGCAGUCCGAAAUACCUGGAGUUCGACGAUAUAGGUAUGAUUGACAUGAUGCCGCCUCGGCGGGUGUACGCCACGCAUUUUGAGGUGUGUCACCUACCUGACGCCAUCAAGAAUGGAACGGGAAAGGUUAUCAAUAUCAUCCGCAACCCGAAGGAUGUGGCUGUAUCCUACUUCUGUUUCCUGACGUCUCUUAACAUUCCUGUUUACUCCGGGAGCUUCAGUGGAUUUCUGCAGUAUUUCCUGAAAGAAGACUUUUUGUUUGGUAAUUGGUUCGGUGCUCUUAAGCAAUGGUUGGAUAUCCAAACAAUGUAUCCAUGCAUGCAGACGCUCACCCUUCAUUACGAGGAUCUAAAAAGAAAUACUUUACAAAAUCUCUGCACAUUGGCGGAUUUCCUUGAAGUCCCCAGAAAUGAUGAUUUUCUACGACAAAUAGAACUGAGUGUGGAAUUUGCAAAAAUGAAGAUAAAUCACGAACAAGAAUUGAUAGGAUCCGAGACAUUUAAGGACAUCGCAACACAUGGAGUUCUCCCCAUCUAUCGAAAGGGAGGCGUUGGAGACUGGAAAAAUUGGUUCACACCUGCAGAAAGCGAGGAGUUUGAUCGCGUCUACAAACAAAGAAUGGAGGGAUACGACAUAGAUUUCAUUUACGAAUGAAAACUACACUUCGUUUUGCUUAAUCUUAAAAUCUGAAAAAUAUUAUGAAACCAAUUCUACUUUGAAGGCAUCGGCGCUUACGG